AUGCCUUUAAGGAAGGGACUUCCUGUAAGGACUCCUUCUUGUUUGUGUGACGCUGACAAAGUGGUUUGUGGUCUGCUCUCACCUUCCUCAGCAGCCGUCACUGAUCAUCUCCAAACAUCCAGCUCCAGACCCCACGGAUUCUCUUCACAAGCAACCUGGGAGGACAUUGGUGACAGGUCACUGCCUUCAGUCCACACCAUGGGGCAUAAUGAUGUGGGUAACCCCUUAAAAAGAAGAACAAGAUGCUGGGGUAUUUACCGAAGGAGAUACAACAACUGGUCUGAACAAAUUAGUUCUGGCAUUCAUCCUUCAUCCCACCAGCAACAAGAUGGAGAUCCAGCAACAAAUGGUGCUCACAUGAGCACCCGAGUGAGAUACGCUCCCUAUGCUGUUCCACCAUGUCAUCGGAGAGGCAAUUCUCAGAAACAAGACCAAACCCAGACUAACAUGGAGGGAGAGCAAAAGCCUCCAGAGAGAAGAAUGGAGCAGGAGAAGCAGGAUGAGACCACAGGGAAAUGGUUCAAGAUCAUUAUUCCAUUUGGCAUCAAAUAUGAUGAGAAGUGGCUGCUGGAUCUGAUUCAGGGACAAUGCAGUGUCCCCUUCACCCCAGUUGAGUUUCACUAUGAGAGAAUGCAGGCCCAGUUUUUUGUUGAGGAUGCCAGCGUUGCCUUUGCACUGAAGAAUGUCAACGGCAAGAUCUGGGAUGAAGCUAAUGAAAGGAUCUCUAUCUUUAUCUACCCCUCUGACACACCCCACUCUGUGCAGAAGGAGCUGAAGUCAGUAAAGGUGGAGCAGACAAAGCUUUUACCCUUGAACCUGAGAAACAAGACACCCUGCCAACUGGAUGGCCUGUCUGACACUGUGCAGAAUGCCACUGGCAUUAAGAACUUGAACCUCUCCAACAGUGAGGUGAUGUCUUUAGAGGAGCUGGACGAGGGCAAAAGUCUGCAGCCAGAAGAGAUGACUGCUGACAGAAGCACCCUGUGCACCGCCUUCCCUGAUAAAUCAACCAACAUAAGCUCCAUCCUGGAAUUGUUUCCCAAGUUAUUACGCCUGGACAGCCAGGAGUCACCUUCACCAACCAGCAUUGGUAUUGCAGCCCACAAGUGGUUACCAACCUGCAGGGGAAGCUUCUUUGGAUCUGAUGCCCUGAAGCGUCUAGUCCUGCAAUUCCUGCAGCAUUACUACUUGAUCUACGACUCCAGAGACCGUCAGGGUCUCCUUGGUGCCUACCAUGAAGAGGCCUGCUUCUCCCUGGCCAUUCCCUUCAGCCCUGAGGACCCAGGCCCAAGCAGCUUGUGCGAGUACUUCAAGGAAAGCAGGAAUAUGAAGAAGCUCAAGGACCCCUCCCUGCGUGUUCAGCUGCUGAAGCAUACAAAAUGUGACGUCAUGCGCUCCCUCUGUGUGCUGCCCAAAACUCAGCAUGACCUCAGCUCCUUCGUGGUGGACAUGUGGUUCCAGACGGAGAGGAUGCUCUGCUUCUCUGUCAACGGGGUGUUCAAGGAAGUGGAAGGCAUGUCUCGGGAUUCUGUUCGUGCCUUCACUCGGACCUUCAUUGCUACUCCUGUCAGCAAUUACAGUCUAUGCAUUGUGAAUGAUGAUCUGUUUGUGAGGGACGCCAGCCCCAAGGAGACCCAGAGCACAUCCUCUGUCCCAGUGCCCACACCCUCCUGCAGCUCCUGGCCCACCCUUUGCCAGAAGCAGCAGGAAAUGGGGCAGACUUUCUCCACCCAGUCUGGGAUGAAUCUCCAGGAGUCUCAGAAGUGA